GGGUGUGUGCCCGUUGUGUGUGCCCGGUUUCGGGAUGAUGCUGAGUCGCCUCAUGAGCGGAAGCAACCGCAGUCUGGAUCUCCCUUGUGUUUGCACCGUGAGGCUGCUGGACGACUCGGAGUAUACGUGUAAUGUGCAGAGAGAUGCAAAAGGCCAGCACCUGUUCGACCUCUUGUGCCACCAUCUGAAUCUGUUGGAGAAAGAUUACUUUGGAAUCCGCUAUGUAGAUCCUGACAAGCAGAGGCACUGGUUGGAGUUUACAAAAGGGAUCGCCAAACAAAUGAGAUCUCGCUCUCCAUUUAUCAUGUGCUUUCGAGUAAAGUUCUAUCCUCCAGACCCAGCAGCUUUAAAAGAAGAAAUCACCCGGUAUUUAGUGUUUCUUCAAGUGAAGAGAGAUUUGUACCAUGGACGAUUACUCUGUAAGACAUCCGAUGCAGCUUUGCUGGCAGCAUACAUAUUACAAGCUGAAAUUGGCGAUUAUGAUCCUGGAAAACACCCAGAGGGAUAUAGUUCCAAGUUCCAGUUCCUCCCUAAACACUCAGAGAAGCUGGAGCGACGGAUUUCUGAGAUUCACAGGCACGAGCUUAGUGGCUUGUCCCCUGCUGGAGCAGAAUUGUGUUUUCUGAGGAAGGCUCAAACCCUGGAGACAUAUGGAGUAGAUCCUCAUCCUUGUAAGGAUGUCUCUGGGAAUUCUGCAUUUUUGGCCUUUACUCCUUUCGGCUUUAUCGUGUUGCAGGGGAAUAAGAGGGUUCACUUUAUAAAAUGGAGUGAUGCCACAAAAAUGAAAUUUGAAGGAAAAACAUUUCAUUUAUAUGUGAGAGAGAAGGAGGAAAAACGUCUUGUAUUAACCUUCAUCGCUCCCACUCCGGAGGCCUGCAAACACUUGUGGAAAUGUGGCGUUGAGAACCAGUCAUUCUUCAAACUGGAGAACUCCAAACAAGUCCGUACAGUCUCCAGUAGUAAUUUGUUCUUCAAGGGAAGUCGCUACCGGUACAGUGGACGAGUCGCCAAAGAAGUGAUGGAAUCCAGUGCAAAAAUCAAGAGGGAUCCACCUGAGAUACACAGGGCGGGAAUGGUGCCAAGUCGCAGUUGUCCCUCGAUUGGACUGCGGUUGAGUAGCGUUCCGCGGACUCGCAGGAGAGCUGUACACAUAUCUAUCAUGGAAGGCCUGGAGUCUCUACGUGACAGCGCGCACUCCACUCCGGUCCGUUCCUCUGACCACCUUGAUGUUUUAACUCAUCGAGCUUUUCGUGAGACAGUGAUCAGUGAUGAGGCAUAUACUCCUUGCUGCAGCAUUCUCCCAACUCCUGUGUAUGACUCCAACCUGGAGUUAUCUUUCGGGCAACAGGUGAAUGGAACAACGUGUACCACCAAGGAUGAGGAGAGUGACCUAGCCGCUCCCAGCAUUCCUGAUAUGGAGACCCCUCCACCAGCGCUGCCCGGGCCAGAGGGAUCUGUUCAGAGGGAACCUGAGCCAGAGCAGGAAAAUACAUUUCUACAGAGCGUUCUCCGGCUGCUGGCAGUCACCCUGUGUCUACUGCUGGCAUUGCUUCUGCUGCUGGUUAUACUGGCUGAAUCUGACCUGGAGUUAGCAUUUCUGAGGGACAUCCGGCUUACCCCUGAAUUCCAGCAGUUCCAUUAUCAGUACUUCUGUCCUCUGCGACGAUGGGUGUCCUGCAAACUACACCCUAUCAUCCGCCUCAUUGACUCCUAA